AUGACUCAAGACUACAAGCAACAAGAUUUGACUCCAGAACAAAUCAAACUAAUUCUCAGCACAGUUCCCAUUUUAGAGCAAGCUGGUGAAACCUUGACGGCAAAAUUCUACAAGAGAAUGUUGACAAAUUAUGAUGAAGUGAAGCCAUUUUUCAAUGAAACUGAUCAAAAGUUGUUGCGUCAACCCAGAAUUUUGGCAUUUGCUCUAUUGAAUUAUGCUAAAAAUAUUGAAGACUUAGCUCCCUUAACUACGUUUGUUCAACAAAUUGUUUCAAAACACGUUGGCUUACAAGUUAAAGCAGAACAUUACCCUAUUGUUGGAACAUGUCUUAUUGAAACCAUGGUGGAAAUUUUACCCAAGGACAUUGCAACUCCUGAGUUUGUUGAAGCAUGGAGUAUUGCUUAUGGAAACUUGGCUGCUCUUUUGAUUGAAUUGGAAGCUAAUGAAUACAAGAAAGAACCAUGGCAAGGAUUCAAACCAUUCAAAGUUACCAAAUUAGUUGACGAAUGUUCUGACGUGAAGUCAGUUUAUUUCACUCCAGAAGAUGGUAGUAAACUUCCAUCAACCAAACCAGGUAAUUAUGUUUGUAUCCGUUGGAAAUUACCUGGUGAGGAAUUUGAAAAAUCAAGAGAGUAUUCCAUUUCCCAAGUACCUGAAAAUAAUGAGUAUAGAAUCUCAGUUAGAAAAUUGGAUGGUGGUAAGAUAUCAACAUUUGUCCAUGAACAAUUAAAAGUCGGUGAUGUAUUACCUGUUGCUCCACCGAACGGAAACUUCAUCUAUAAAGAAGAGCCUAAAGAAAAGGACUUGGUUUUGAUAGCGGGUGGAAUUGGAAUUACGCCAUUGGUAUCAAUUUCGCAAGCAGCUUUAUCUCAAGGACGUAAGGUGAAACUCAUUUACACAAAUAAAUCCACUGAACAUCGCCCUUUCGGUGCAUAUUUCAAACAACAGUUGGAAACAUACCCAGAAAACUUGUCAAUCGUUGAGUAUUUCUCUCAUCAAGAAGAUGACAAAGUUGAAGCUAUAAGUAAGUCUUUCAAUAGAAGAUUGGCAUCAGAGGAUUUAGAUUUCAUUGAUGGUAGUAAAGAUGAAGUAUACUUAUUAGGUCCAAGAGGUUUUAUCAAGGUGUUCAAAGACCAUUUGAACAAAAAGGGAAUUGAUGUCAAUUUUGAAUACUUUGGACCCUUGGAUGUUUGA